AGAAGAGCUUAUUCAUUGCUGUAAUGGCCGCCGUCUGGCGUUGUCGGUGAAUUGUCUAUCGUUCUUAUUAUAUGAUUAAUAAAAAUAAUAAAAGUGGGAGAUACCGCUUUAUCACUUUACGUAAAUCCAGUUCGAUUCAAUAUUUACCGAAAGUGGAAAGUGUUCGCUAGUGUGUAUUAAAUCUAAACGUGUUUAUAACGAAAAAAUUUUUGUCAACUAAAACUCACUUUAUUCAUUGGACGGAAAUUCAUUUAUUUCUGCGUGUUUAUUUGAUUCAGUGCGAGUGUAUUGUAAACUUGAGAAGAAAAGUUUUCAUUUUUUUUCAUCUUUGUGCUUUUUAUAUUAAAAUAAUUCGUCUAUAAUAAAUGUGUGUGGGGGGGAAAAAAUAGUCACAGUAAAUGUUACUAGUUCGAUAAGAGAUUUAUUAUAGUUUCGAUUUUUGGUUGGUAAACAAAAGUGACAGGAGAGAAUUAUUGUUUCACAGUGCUUCGUCAAUUAAAAAAUCUUCAUUGGAUUUGGAUAAAUAAAAGUGUUCUCUUUAACAGAAUUAGAAGAAUUCAAGAUUCGAAAUUAGAGAAGACUUGUUUUUUAUUCUAAAAAAAAAUGAGGAGGAAUGAAGAUGUGCCAAAUUUAGUGUCAAAUAUUCAAUUUUUUCCGAUAGUUAUCAUAUAAUGAAAUUAAUGAAGUUAAUGAAAUUAAUACUAAAAAGGAAAAGUAGCCAAAGAACAAUAAAUCCGUUAAAUAUCUUCCAAAAGUUGACCAGAGUGCGCUUAGAAUGAUAUUCAUUCCAGGAAUAUCACUGCCAAGACUUUCACCAAUAUCCGAACAAAAUUUAGAAAAUCUUCAACAUCAAAUAAUAAAAAGCAGAUCAAAUAAUCGACGAAUUGUGUGAUUUUCUUUUCUUUUUCGAAAUUAUUUUUUGUUUUUGAAAUUCGAGCAUGUUUGGUAAAGUGCCUCCAUCGAAUACACCAGGUCCACCAAUCCUCACAACAAAAGCAUUAGGAAAAUCAUCAGGCACAUCAUGUUUGCCUUGUUUCUCAUCCGAGGAAGGACCUGCCACUUGCAUUGAAGAUAAACAAAAAUCUUGGCGAGCACAAAAUUCAGAGACAAUUCUCACCAACAUACCGUGUGAUAUUCAGCCUUCCAGUAAUUUAUCAACAGAAAUUUCACGACCCCAUAGAACAGAAGCAAUAAAUAUGUGUCUAAAAAGUUCUCCAGCGUGUGCCAACGCAAAAACUCCCUCCAAAGAGUCGAGAAAAAAUUUCUCAAGUCCAAAAGUCAUCUCAUCAACAACAUCCACAAAUGUUCAUCGAUGUUCCUCAAAUCCCAAUUGUCCUAGUGUAUCAAAAUAUUACAAUGGUGCUUCCAAAACGUCCAAAAAUUCAUCCUCUUCAUUUUCAAAUUUGGUCUGCCUAAAUAGUGAAACUCUAACAAAAUUAAACAGAAAAUCAUCGAUGCCAAAUCAUGAAUUCUCCGAUGAUGAGGAUAUAUUGACAAUUAGCGAUAAUCAAUUAGUUAAUAGAGAACAAUCAAGAAUCGUUCCACCUCCAGUUGCCAAGUCAACCCCAAAUAGAUCUUCCGAAAUUGAUUCAAACAAUGAUCAUUUAAGUAUCGAUAGCAUUCAACAAGUAACCCGUGAUCUUUCAACAAUAUUAUCACCAGUUUAUGAUGUUAUUACUGAAUCUCAUCGUAAUAAUCGUAAAAUUAAAUCAUCAAUUGAUUCCAUUAAUUUUCAAGCUCUUCCAAAUUCAAGUACCUGUAUGGAAAAAAUUGAUUUUACCAAAUUAUCAUCAUCAUCAACAUCAUCGAAAAUGUCUGAUACUGAUAAUAGAAAAAAUUGUACGAAUUUUACACGUGAAUUACCAACGGAAUUACAAUCGAGUCCAAGGAGUUACAAGGAUCGUGAAAAAUGUCGUGAUCCAUGGAGACCAACGGAAAUGGAAGGAACAAUUUCAAAUUUAAACAUUUACUCAGGUGAUGCUUCACAGGAAUCUGGUAGUAAGAGAAGAACUGGAGCAUCAUGUCAAGCAUUGAGGCAUGCCGUUGCGUCUUUAAAUCGUCUCGAUGACUUCUACAUGGAGAAAAUUGGCUCUGGAUUCUUCUCUGAAGUUUUCAAGGUCACCCACAAAGUAACUGGUCAGGUGAUGGUCCUGAAAAUGAACCAACUUCCGGCCAACAGACCGAACAUGCUCAAGGAGGUCCAGCUGAUGAACAAACUCAGUCACCCAAAUAUUCUCAGAUUUAUGGGUGUUUGCGUCCACGAGGGUCAACUUCACGCACUGACUGAGUAUAUAAAUGGGGGAAGUUUGGAGCAACUGAUAAUGUCGAAACAAAUACGAUUGCCACAUUUAAUAAGAAUGAAUUUGGCGAGGGACGUAGCACGUGGCAUGGCGUAUUUACAUAGUCGGGGGAUUUUUCACAGAGACCUGACGUCUAAGAAUGUUCUUAUAAAGAAGGAUGAGAAUUCGGGUGAUAUGAGCGCAGUUGUUGGUGAUUUUGGUUUAGCGGCAAAAAUUCCCGAUCCAAAUUCUGGCUAUCGAUUGAGCACCGUUGGCAGUCCCUAUUGGAUGUCACCGGAAUGUCUCAAGGGUCAAUGGUACGAUCAUCGCUCUGAUAUCUUCUCAUUUGGAAUUGUUGUCUGUGAAUUAAUCGGACGAGUGCCCGCCGAUCCUGAUGUUCUACCACGCUCGGAUAAUUUUGGUCUCGAUUAUUUAGCCGUGGCUGAAAUUUGUGCAGCUGCCGAUCCGCCACCUGCCUUUUUACAACUUGCUUUUCAUUGUUGCACGUAUGAACCGAAAUCGCGACCAACAUUUCCGGAGAUUGCGUCGACGCUGGACAACUUGAUUGGAAAUUACGAGGAGGAGAGUAAAGGGAAUAGCAGUCAGACGGUGGAGAAUUGUUUAAUGUCGAGUGUUGAGGAAAUAGUGAGGGAGGGUCGACCGACGAAGCGAAGAGCGGCGAGAUUGAGGAGUCAUUCUGCUGACGCGAGGGGUUGUGAUAAUGCGACACCUUCCGAUAAGGCGCGAUGUCAUUUAACGAGAAGAGUCGCUGAACUCGCGAGUCGAAGAGAUCCACAUUAUAGACCAAUGACUGCAAAUCCAUUCCACGCUUUAGGGGGUGUGAAGAAAAUUCUCGGCGAUUUAUUCUCGAGUUGUCUUGAAUUGCCAAGUUUGGAGGACGUGAGGCCAAGUGUCACCGAUGGCUGCACUUCGAAAUUCAAACCCGCUCAAAAUGACAGUAUUGCAAAAAUUCUCGAGCGAAAGAAACCAAACUCAGAGCCGAGUAGUCCAACAGCGAGGAAAAAAUGGGAAAAAAAGGUUGCUACGAAAGUUGGCGCUGCCUGUUUAUUUGCCCAUCCGUUAUUUAGAGAUGGUUGGGAACCAAGAAGACGGGGAAGCUGUGAAUCGGGUUUUUGGAGUUGUGUUGGCGAGGAUUUGAGUCCGGAGCCACCGAAUCGACGGCACGCUUCGACAUUGAGCAGUUCGGCGGCUAGCAGUUUAUUUCUUCUCGAUGAUCAUAGAACGAGUUCGAUUUACACUGAUUCCUCGGAGGAUAUUGCGAGUUUAGGUGGUGGUGAUUCUUGUUGGGAGGAUAGACUGAGUGGCAUUGGUUCGACGAGUAAGACAAUAUCGAAAAUUGUCGAAUAUUUCGAGAGGAAGCAGGCGACUGCAGGUAGUUUAAGAUUAGGCGAUCAUGGAUUCGAUGUGGGUCCUAAUCGAAUGGCUUUAUUGCGAGCGAGCUUAGAGGGAUCGAUGCCUUUCUGUAACAUUUCGGCGGCUCAGCGACUUGUCGUUUGCGAAGGCGCUGUCAGAAGUAAACUGCCUCUUUUUGAUAAGAAAUGAUGAAACAGAUUUCUCGACGCCUCCUCUAUCGUAUAGUAUUUUUUCUUUUCUUUUUAACUAACUCGAGGAAAUUUUGUCGUUACUCGCUGGUGACCAAAUGGUAUUUCUUAAUCGCUAACAUUUUUAUUUAUUUUCAUCAAUUUUCAUUGACUGUAUUUUUGUCGAUUUUAUUUUUAUUCUGUUUUGAUUGACAGUAUUUUGAUCUGUAUUUUGAUUAAUAUUUUUAUCUUUAUUUUGAUCAAUAUUUUGAUCUCUAUUUUGAUCAAUAUUUUGAUCAAUAUUUUGAUCGAUAUUUCGAUUGUGUUAAUAUUGUCAGAAUUAAUGAAAAUUGCUACUAAAUGGUCCCGAAAAGUAACUGAGAGUUAACUGAGAGUUUCUUCUUGUGAAAAGAAUUCUUUACCAAAAAAAAAUUAAGCCUGUUACGCAUAAAA